AUGCGUUUGCACUGGCCUUUCACUCUCCUUCCUCUUGUCCUUCCCCAUACCUUCGCUGCUACCGCCGACCAGUGGAGAGGACGAAGCAUAUACCAACUAAUAACUGACCGUUUUGCCCUUGCGGACGGCGCUAAUCUCGAUGCCUGCAAUCCCGCUGACCAGGACUACUGUGGAGGCACCUGGAAUACCAUCCGAAAUAAACUUGACUACAUCCAGAAUGCGGGCUUCACUGCAAUAUGGAUAUCGCCAGUAAACCAAAACUAUCAAGGCGAUAGAACUGCCUAUGGAUACCCCUACCAUGGCUAUUGGAUGGCCGACAUUACCCAGCUCAAUGACCGCUUUGGCACCCAAGACGAUCUCAAGGCACUCAUCUCUGACUUGCAUGCCAGGGAUAUGUAUUUGAUGGUCGACGUCGUCGUCAACAACGUUGUAAACCCUCCUACAUGUCGUGAGCAGAUGGCUACGUCUACCAACCCCGACUACUCCAGUUAUAUGUUCAAAGACUCGUCGUACUACCAUCCUUACUGUGCGAUCGAUUGGGGCAACACUACGUCCGAGCAACUUUGCUGGCUCGGUGAUGAGACGGUCACGCUGCCUGACCUUAACACCACUAAUCCCGCGGUGGUGUCAGGAUACAUUGACUGGAUCAAGAACUUCGUCCAAGAAUAUGAUGUCGAUGGCCUUCGAAUCGACGCCGCCAAGCAUGUCGACAUGCAAUUUUGGCCGCAAUUUUGCGGUAGUGCAGGUGUAUUUUGCAUGGGCGAAGUGUAUGGCGGCGUUGAUGUGGAACCCGUCGCCCAAUAUCAGGGCCCUCAGGGUCUCGAUUCUGUGCUCAAUUACCCUCUCCAAGCAGGACUUCUAGCCGCAUUCCAGAUACCUGGAGACCUCAAUGUGACCGCCCUUGCCGAUGUCGUCCAGCAGAGCAAACAAUUAUUUACUGAUACAACUCUGCUCGGCAACUUUUUGGAGAACCAGGAUGUCCCGCGGUGGGCGAACCUCAGCGUGGACCCGCAGACCAUGUACAACGCCAUGACGUUCACAUUCAUGUCCGAUGGCAUCCCCAUUGUAUACUAUGGUCAAGAGCAAUCCUUCUCUGGAAAUAGUGAUCCGUACAAUCGAGAACCCCUUUGGCCGUCUGGAUAUGCGGAAACAUAUGCCUAUACUCUCAUCCAGAAACUCAAUGCCGCUCGAAAUUUUCUUGUUUCCAAUAUAUCAGAGGCUGAUUGGCUCACAUCAGAGACAGAGAUCCUCACUCAGUCACCUCACGGCAUCGCUAUCAUGAAAGGUCCUGUUAUCACCAUUCUCACGAAUAUCGGAUCACCGGCGCAGAAUGGGACGAAUAUUGCAGUCCAAACACCAUAUGACAGCGAAACAGCUUUCUUCGAUGUCUUUGAUUGCAGCCAAUGGGUUGUUGGGAGCGAAGGGACCUUGGAUGUUGAAUACACGAAAGGCGGGAAGGCGGUGGUAUUGGUGAGGUCUGAUGUGUUGGAAUUGUCGGACAUUUGUAGCGACCAAGUUGGCGUCAGUAUCGUACAUGCGGCUGGUACGGGUGCAUCAUCCGCGUCGAGUGGUGCCACGGCAGGCAUACAACGACUGGCAUGGUGGGCAGCGCUGAUGCUGCCUACAUUCUGGUUGUGGUCAUGA